AUUUCUCCCUCUCUCGGUUAAACCGCUGCUGCAACCCUCCUUUCCCCCACCUGAAGUUUCCUCCUGCUCUCUAACCGUUCGCUACUUGUCUUCUCCGCGGCUGGCGUGUGAACAAUUGAGCGCGGGAAUCGUCGCUGUUGCUGCUCUGUUACUGGCGGUGAUGAAGAUUCAGUGCAACGUCUGUGAGGCGGCGGAGGCGAAGGUGCUCUGCUGCGCCGACGAGGCGGCGCUAUGCGGCGACUGCGAUCAGAAGGUGCACGCCGCCAAUAAGCUCUCCAGUAAGCAUCAGAGGGUUCCUCUCUCUACUUCUUCGUCGCAGAAGCCUAAGUGCGAUAUUUGCCAGGAAACGGUAGGCUAUUUCUUUUGCCUGGAGGAUCGAGCUCUGCUUUGCAGACGAUGUGAUGUUUCUAUACACACUGCAAAUCGCUUGGUCGCUGCUCAUCAGAGGUUCCUGCUCACUGGAGUUAAAGUAGGUCUCGAAGCAGCCAAAUUUGAUCCACCAAUGCCAUCCCUUCCAGUUGAGAGAAGCUCGGGAUCGAAUGCUCCUCCCACUCCAAAGAACGUUAUGAACAUAGCAACAGCUGAACAAUCCAAUAAAACUCUGCCUGUCCAAGCCAGUGUAGGUGGGGAUAUUUCAAUGUCGAGGUUGUCUUUUACAGGAGGUUCCACGGCUGAAAGUAUUUCACCGUGGCAGUUGGAUGAAUUCCUUGAGCUUGGUGACUUCGGUCAGAAGUACGAUCUCAUGGAUCCCGGCUCAUCCAAGGCGGAUUCCGGGAGAUUUGGAGAUUCAGACUACUCGCCUAUGUUUCGAGUUGCUGAUAUGGAGGUCGAGGGCGAUGAGUGUAUGGGACAGUCACCGAAUAAUUUCUGGACGGUGCCGGAGAUUCCAUCUCCCCCGACAGCAUCCGGGCUUAACUGGCCCAUGAUUCCCCAGACCCCAUGCGACUCUGCUGCCUUCGUGCCCGAUAUAAUCUCCUUGCCUACACACCACCGUCGUUCACACGGUGGUGAUAAUAUGAAGCGACGGAGGCGUUUUUGAUUAACCCUACUUUCCACUUGUAUCAAGAGUUAUGAGUUAUGCACAUUAGUUUUCUAGGGCUAUGAAUAUGAUAUAGACAAUCUGAUCAUAGCAAGUGUUGAAUCCUACUUGUUAUCGUUGUAUGCAAGCAGUGUUGUUUUGUAA